GCGUCAUUUGUCCCAUCCUACGUGGGAACUCCCCGAGCCCUUUCGCUGCCACUUCUCUCGUCUCCGCUCUCGCUCUUUUUUUCGCUCGUCCCCUUUCCCCUCUCCCUCUUCGCUCCGAUCGAUCUCAUCGCGAUGCCUCGCAGGCGCCGAGACCCUAGAAAUGGGGGGAAGCGGCGAAUGAAGGCCCCAGACUUCUCCGAUCAUGAAUCCUUCUCCACUUCGGAUUCUGAUUUCGUCAUCGAUUUGGACGACGAGGAGUUCGAAGACGAGGAGGAAGCAGAACCGUUGCCGCCGCCGCCGCCGCCGGCGGCGGCGGCGGUUGGAGAAAUUGGUGGUGUUGGAAGCGAUCGACGAAGGAAGGGAAAGUCCUCUAGUAGGAAGAGCAGGGUUAGGAAGGACAAGGGGAAAUCCCCUUUGAUUUGGGAGAUGUGGGAGAAGGACAAUGAGAAGUGGGUGGACGAUUCCGUGGCGGAAGAAUUCGAUCUUGAGCGGCCGUUGGCAGAGACGGCGGAGCCGUCCGCGGACAUCGUCCUUCCCCUCCUUAGGUUCCAGAAGGAGUGGCUUGCCUGGGCUUUGAAGCAGGAGGAGUCUGAGUUCAGAGGGGGGGUUCUUGCCGAUGAGAUGGGUAUGGGCAAGACCAUCCAGGCCAUUUCCCUCGUCCUCACUGCCCGCUCUCUCAGCACGCGUAUUGUCGGUGGGGCCACAAGUUCUGAUAUGGGCUCUUGCUCGAUCUCUCCGCUCCCGAGGACCAAAUGCACCCUUGUCAUCUGCCCUGUGGUUGCGGUGAUCCAAUGGGUGGGGGAGAUCGAGAGGUACACAAAGAAAGGGACCGCCAGGGUGCUGGUCUAUCAUGGGGCAAAAAGAUCCAACACUGAUUAUGAUUUCAACAACUAUGAUUUCGUACUGACAACCUACUCGACGAUUGAGUCUGACUAUAGGAAACAUAUGAUGCCGCCGAAGUUGAAGUGCCAAUAUUGCGAUAAGUCAUUCUACCCUCACAAGAUGAAGGUUCACUUGAAGUACUACUGUGGGCCUUAUGCUCAGAAGACAGAAAAACAAUCAAAGCAAGUGAGCAAGAAGAAGAAGUAUUCAUCUGUGGAUGAUGAAAAAGGUAAAGGGAAGAAGAAGGGAGGUCAUAAUAGAGAGAAGCAAGAGGAAUUUCUGUCUAGCUCAGAAGAUGAGAAGGGUAAAAGGAAGAACAAGAGAGAUUCGAAGACUAGGAAGCAAGAGAAGCCAUCUGAAAAUACAUUAGGCUCAUCCGAAGGAAAAUCAGUUCUGCAUUCUUGGAAGUGGCAACGUAUUAUUUUGGAUGAGGCUCAUUUCAUAAAAGACAGACGCUGCAAUACUGCAAAAGCUGUUUUUGCUUUAGAAUCUCUAUAUAAGUGGGCAUUAAGUGGCACUCCUCUACAAAAUCGAGUUGGAGAACUUUACUCGCUGGUUCGCUUUUUGCAAAUUCAUCCUUAUUCAUAUUAUUUCUGCAGGGAUUGUAAUUGUAAGAUUCUUGAUUAUCGUUCAAGCACAUGCACUGAGUGUCCUCAUUCUUCCACAAGGCACUUUUGCUGGUGGAACAAAAAUAUAACCAAGCCCAUACAAAAUUUAUCGACAUUUGAUGAGGGCAGAAGAGCCAUGAUUUUGCUUAGGGACAGAGUUCUGAAAAACAUAGUGCUAAGGCGUACAAAGAAAGGCAGAGCUGCGGAUCUUGCACUUCCACCAAGACUUGUUACCUUGAGGAGAGAUACUCUGGAUAGAAAUGAACAGGAGUUCUAUGAAGCAUUAUAUACUCAAAGCUGUGUACAGUUUGAUACAUAUGUUUCAGCUGGAACUCUGAUGAACAAUUAUGCACACAUUUUUGAUCUCCUUACACGAUUGCGGCAGGCAGUUGACCAUCCAUACCUGGUGAUAUAUUCUAAAACUACUGAAAUGCCUGAUGGAAGCAAAGAUGAUACUGUGAAAGACAAUUGUGGUAUUUGUCAUGAUCCAGCAGAAGAUCUGGUGGUUACCUCUUGCGAGCAUGUAUUUUGUAAGGCAUGUUUGAUUGAUUACUCUUCAGCUCUGGGGAAUGUAUCAUGUCCAACAUGUUCUAAACCCCUUACUGUUGACUUAACAACAAAGAACUCUGCCGAAAAGUUGUCUCGAACAGCCAUCAAGGGUUAUAAGCACUCGGGAAUAUUAAACAGACUUAAUGAUAUUGGAGACUUUAAGUCAAGUACAAAAAUUGAUGCCCUGAUGGAAGAGAUAAGAGACAUGGUUGAAAAUGAUGGUUCUGCAAAAGGAAUCGUUUUCAGCCAGUUUACAUCAUUUUUGGAUUUGAUUGGUUUCUCCCUCCAAAGGUCUGGCAUUAAGUGUGUUCAGUUGGUGGGAAGCAUGAGUAUUCCUGAGAGAGAGAAAGCUAUAAAGUCAUUCACCGAUGAUGUGGAUUGCAAGAUUUUUCUCAUGAGCUUGAAAGCUGGAGGGGUGGCCCUCAAUCUCACUGUGGCAUCAUAUGUUUUCUUGAUGGAUCCGUGGUGGAACCCAGCAGUGGAGCGCCAGGCUCAAGAUCGAAUUCACCGAAUCGGGCAAUAUAAGCCCAUCAGAACUGUGAGAUUUGUGAUUGAGGACACCAUCGAGGAACGGAUACUGAAGUUGCAAGAGAAGAAGGAGCUAGUGUUUGAAGGGACCAUAGGUAACUCUUCUGCUGCUAUGGGAAAGCUAACAGAAGCAGACUUGCGGCUUUUAUUCCACAUUUGAUCAUUAUUGUUAGGGAUGACAAUAACUCUUCUAAUUAAUUUCUGGAUGGUAUUUUGUAUAUCAAGCUUGUCUCUGCUCAGAAUGUUUUGGAAAAGAUUGAGCAGUCUCACUUUUUGUAGCCGUACAGAAAACAUCAUAUAUGUGAAGGCAAUGAGAUUCUCUGACGAAAGUAGAAUGUUAUUUUUUUCUUGAGGACAACAUUGCUAGUGAUAAAUCAUGGAGUAGAUUUGUAAGAUGGCUUUAGUGAAUCCUAUGCCUGUAUGGAGCCAGUUCGUAUAAUUAUGAAACUGAUAUAAGUUGGAUAAAGCAGCUAUGUUCAAUACAA